AUGGUUUUUAUCUGGUCUCUGUCAUUCUUCGCAUGUGUCCUCGUGGCGUUGCUACGAUGGCAGAGGCGACGCUUCGGACAGACGCCGGCUGCUGUGCCUACAGAUCAAAGUAGUGACUCUUUCACUUUGCCCUUCUAUUUGUUUGGCAAUCAGUUCAAGUCCAGUGCUGACCGUCUCAAAGAGCCUCUGGUGUAUCCAGAACCUUCCCCCGACCACGCAUUUGACAUGGCAACGACCAUGCCACCGAAGCUCCGGGCGUUCCGUUACUCCUACUUGAGACAUACAGUGGAUGUUCGAAAAUUGGACAAAGAUUCUUGGGUUCUUCUGGACAAUGAAUGGCCACGGUACUUCGAAACAAAGGUUGCUGGCCUCAUCCAACCAGCUGACAUCAACAUCUUGGUCAAGGGUACCGAUGGCUAUUAUCAGCUUGCUGCUAUGAUGCUUGGGAUCGGAGGGGGGCAGAGAAUCAAGGACAAGAUUGGCAAAACGCGAGCAGAUCUUCACUUCUCGGGCCAUGUUCCGCAUUACAAGGAGCAGCUCCAGCGGCCACUUGAUCACUUCCUCUCCAAGCUCAAGUUUGAGAGUCCAAUCCAACGGAACACCACUUCUAUCUCGAUACAUGACGAAUAUCACUGGCCUGCUCUAACUAUGGGACCGGAGGACGACUGGGAUCCAGAACUCCGCGGUCCCGGAAUCAGCACGUCCAGCUACGGCAAGUGGAAACCGCCGAGUCCAAUCAAGGACAUUUCUCAGCUGUGGUUCCGCCAGGAGCGUCAAACUUUGCGGCGGCUCCCACGGUCUGGUGCAGUUGUGUGGAUGGUUCACACGUACAUUGAGCCUCUUGUCAAAGUCGUCCAGGAGCCAGGUGUUCCGGGGCGUUUGGCGUCUUUCGUCCGUAGCUGGGAUGAUGAACUGGCCCUCUGA